AUGGCCCUAUUUAAUAGCUUCAAAGAUGGUAAUGCGUCUGAACCAUAUUAUAAAAGAAUCAAUGGUAUUCUCAAAAAAUAUCAUGAAUCGACUAUUUUAAAAGAGUUAUUACAGGAAUACUUUGAUCUAACAUCUAUUCAUAUUAAUAAAAUUCACUCAAAGAAUGCUGAUGAUGCCGGUGCCAAAAAAGUGAUAAUCAAAUUCGAUCGGAGAUCGUAUGAUACUGAGAAACUAUUUGAUGAGACACCGGUUUACAAGCAAAACAUGAAACAGAUGCAAGGACCAUCACUGUUGAUCUACAAUGAUUCGAUCUUUAAGGAGAAAGACUGGGAGGGAAUCAAAAGUUUGGGAAGUGGAUCGAAAGAGAUGGAUCUCAAAUCGGUUGGAAAGUUUGGUUUGGGUAUCAACUCUGUCUAUCAUGUAUCGGACUUCCUAACGAUCAUUUCCGACACGCAAGUGUUGAUUCAAGAUCCACUUGGUUUGGUAUCAAAGAAUGGUUUGCAUUUCGAUUUCGUCGAGAAUUCGAUGAUCGAUGCUAAGUAUCGCGAUCAAACUGAACCAUGGAAACAAUUCGGUUGUGAUAUGGUGAAUCGAUUCAAUGGUACCAUCAUCAGAUUACCAAUUCGUCUAGCGGGCAGUAAAAUCAAACCAAAUCCAAUCACCGACGAAGAUUAUAAGCUAAUCUUUGAUGAAUUCAUUCAACAGCUACAUGAACUGUUACUGUUCCUCAAGAACAUUCUACAGGUAGAAGUAUACGACAAUGAUAGACUGCUAUUUAGAGUGUCAGUAUCGAAUGCGUCAUCUAUCGUUGACAAACGAACACUUGUUCAUGAUUGUAUAUCGAGAAUCGCCGAUUUAAUGAAGGAGUAUGAUAUUCAUAAAUUCAUUGAUAUCAUCAAGAGUAUGGAUAAACUUCCAGUGGGAACAUACACAAUGGAUCUCAAGUAUGAGAGUGCAGUCAAUGGCAUAUCCAAUAUGAAAUAUUGUAUCACCCAAGGACUGGUGAAUAAUGGUUUGGAAUCAUUGAAGCUGAACAAUAUCACAACCAAACUCAUUCCAUGGGGUGGCGUUGCAGUUCCUUUGGGUCUGACACCACAACAAACCAAGUCAUUCCAAGGUAUACCAUUCACAUUUCUUCCGAUUGGAUCACAACGUUUCAAUAUUCCAUUCCAUUUGAAUGGUUUCUUUGUUCUCUCUGACGCGAGAACCGACAUUCACUUCUCCACUUCCAACUAUGAAAACAGUGAAGAACAUCAAGAGUUUAAAUGGAAUGAGAAUGUUCUGACCAAUAUCAUACCGGAAUUAUACAAUCAUAAUCUAUUGGUUAUGAUUCAGAACAAACAGCUUGGAAGCAACUCUGUCUACGAUUACUUCCCAACAGAGGUGUAUAAUUCAGAGAAGGAUAAGGUUUUGUCAAUUCAUACUGUCAAAAGACUGUGCAAGAGUAAACUUUUCCGAGAUAUCAAAACAUUGGAAUAUUAUCAUUUGUCAGAAAGUUAUUGUGUUACCGAUGAUCACAAUGAAGAUAUCUCCAAUGUUUUGACUCAACGAUCGAAAGUAACCAUUAGAAUUCCAAAUCCACUCUUAAAUUAUAUGUCCAAAUUAAACUGUAAAGCACGCUUAGUCACUCAAUUGGAUAUUUGUGGAUUUUUGAAAUCAAAACCUCUCACUGAAUUCAAUGGUUCAGUUCUCAGCUAUUUACUUUCAGGUCAACAAAUCAUUAAGGAUGGUCAUCUGGAUGAGUUAAAGGUAUUCCCUUUGUCCAAUGGUAGAAUUGGUUCGAUUAGAUCCAAGAAUGCUGUGAAACUAAGUCGGUACAUGUAUUAUACAGAUCAGAGACAGUUCACUAUCUUGGCUAGCAAGAACCCAGAUUCACUAUUUGAUUUCGAAACAAUGCUACCAUUCAGUAUGCACAUCAAAUCAUUGUGUGAAUACUAUCACGUCUCAAAUAUGGAUCUUUCAAUAUUCUGUAGGUUGCUCAAGAAUUCAUUUCCAAUGAUGGUAGGAAUUGAUGUUGUUCUACAAAGUCUUCCAAGUGAUUUCAAUUCAGUUGUGUUCUGGGAAUACAUGGGUACUCUUAAUACACAGGGGAUUUCCGACUUUGUUUGUAUACCAGCGACUGAUGUAAAUAAUUCAUUGGUAUACGUAGCUCCUGGUUAUCCAAAGUUGAUUCUCGACAGAAUGAAGGAAUCGAUCAGACAAAUUGCUCUCAAACUUGGAUUCUACAUGGCAAAGUCAGAUAUGAAUGAGAAGUAUUUCUAUGCAAUUUUCACAAUCAACUCGGAUAUCAACUUGAUGAAUUCUAUUACUAGUAAUAUGAUCUCAUCUCUGUCUCCUGAGGAGAAGAUUACAAUUCGAAAGCAUCUUCUUUCCGACAAAAGAUCUAUUGAACAUUCACAAACCAUAUUCUCACUUCCAAUCUUUAAGAAUUCUGUUGGUGAAUUCAAAUUCAUCGAUAGAUAUACUGUUUGUACCAAUUGGAAAGAUAUUACAAAAUACUGUAGAGAAAAGGGUUAUGUCAUUUUUGAAGGUGAGAAGAACAAUCUACAGAAAUGGCCGACCGCUCUGAACGAUCAGAAUUAUAUGAUACUAAACUAUAUAUUGCCAAGUAUCUGUUUGUACACUCCACAAGAACAAUUCUCCAUUGUUAAAAUUGUUCUAUGGAGUCCGAACCAAUUCAAAAAUCAAGAGUUGGUUCAACAGAUGGAAUGGGUACCAAACUCUGGUGGUUCAUUGUCAAAUUUGAGUCAGCUAAUUAUACUAUCCUCACCAGAGAGGGUAUCACUCUUAAAGUAUACUCAAGGAGGACAAAGCAAGGUCAUUGCACAUCAAUUGGCAUCCAGCGAUUUAGUCGAAAAAUGGUCACCGUUUGGAGUACGUACUAUCUAUCCUGGUUAUACUAACAACUCAGAUUAUAAUCUUAUCUAUGAUUGUCUAAAGAAUCUGUCAAAAUUACCAAAGGAAUCAUUCAGUUCUGGAUUCAAUGAAAUUAUUAGCUUUAUGAAUCAAAACAUCAAUAUAGUUGAUAGUACAUUAUUAUCAGUUCCAUUUAUUCCUGUUAAACAGUCAAUUGAUUUUGGUUCAAUAUCCUACAAAACUAAAACAGAAUACGUUUCAAUCAAUCAAUGUUACUUAGAUUCAGAAAAGGAGCUCUGCUACAGUCAAUGUACAAUUGGAGAUAUCGAUACGAAAUCACUUGCAUCACUACAAAUUCAUCUACCAACUCUAAAGAUAGAAACAAUAAUCAAUCAUCUUGGAUAUCUUAUCGAACAAUCUCAAGCACCCUCGUUUACCAAUGAGGAGAGAGAUUCAAUGGUAACAAUCGUUGAGAAGAUCUAUAAAUACUUCAAUACUCAUGAGGAUCUCAAAUCACUCAUUUCAAGCAAACUUGAUUGGAUUUGGUGUGGAUCGAAAUUUGUAUCUCCAACUUUAGUUUUUGUCAAUGGUACUUCGAUUGAUCCUUAUAUUUUCCAAGUUCCAGAUCAGUUGAAAAAGUUCAAUCGUCUUUAUGAAAAGGUCAAAAUCCCGAUGAAUCCUACCUUUAGACACUAUACCAAUGUUUUGGUGGAAUUGUAUAACAAAUCAAAGGGUAUGGUUCUUUUAGAUGAAGAUCUUUCAAUUGCCAUCAAGGUUGCAAAAGAAUUGGCACUACAAACAAUGCCACAGGAACCAGGAAAGAUCUAUCUUCCAUGUACAAGCUUGAAACUUGUGGAGUUCGGACAAAUCAUUUUCUCAGACACCGACGACGUUCACCCAUCGCUUCAAACCUAUUCGAUUCUCCACAGAGAUUUAUCACUUAACGAUGCUAGAAAGUUGAAAAUCAAGACAUCGUUGGACACCAUCAAACGAGGUAAAACCAUUCUUGGAUCAGAGUUUGGUCAAUUUGAAAAGCUGUUGACUCGUUUGAAAAACAUCAACGAAGAGUACAAGGUGGAAUCGCUAUUGAAAGAAGUCGUUCAGAAUGCCGAAGAUAGUAAAGCAACUGUUCUCGAGAUUUGUUUGGACAAGAGAAGAUACACAAUCACCGACGAUCUCGAUCCAGAGCUACCAAAGAACUUUGGAAAUUAUCUCGAGCCAUCACUUGUCAUUUUCAAUGAUUCCAAGUUCACCGACCUCGAUAUCCAGAAUAUCCAAUCACUUGGUGACUCCUAUAAGAAGAACAACUAUUCAAAGAUUGGUCACUAUGGAAUCGGUUUCAAUUGUGUCUACAAUAUUACAGAUGUUCCUUCGAUAAUCACACGAGAUUCAUUGUUCAUCUUUGAUCCUCUGAAAUCUCAUUUUUCAGUAGAACAUAGUGCCGGUCGUUCAUACGAAUUCUCAAUUCGUGAUCAACUUGUCGACACUUUCAAACCAUUGAAUUAUCCUGGAUUUGGUCUCCAACUUGACAAGGAAUUCGAUCAUACCAUCAUUCGUCUGCCACUCAGAAAAUCAUACUCUGAUCUUUCUUCCAAUGUUUGGACUAUGGAUUCGAUCAACAAGUUACUAAAAGAGUUCCAAUCGAGUGCAGAGAAUUGUUUACUUUUCCAACGCAGUCUCAAGAAGAUCACAUUCUCUGUCAUUGAAGAUGAUAAUUCCAAUCAAGCAAAGACUCUUUAUUCAGUUGAGAGAAGAGUAACUGGUGGCUAUGAUCCAAUCAAUUUAUCUUCUGACAUUGAAGCUUACAAUUGGAAAAACUUCAAUCCGAAAUCAUACUUUAUGGACAUCAUUACCAAUGGAAAUGUGGUCAACAAAUGGUUUGUUGGAUGGAAGAUCGGUGCUGAACAAUCGAGUAAUCUCUUCAAGAUCUACGAGAAACUUCAUCAGAAAUCAAUUCCAUUGGGAAGUAUUGCGAUAUGUAUGGAUAAAGAGAUUAUAGGUGUUCCUUUCACCUAUUUACCAUUGCCGAAAUCCACCGAGUUACCUGUGAUGGUCAAUGGUAGUUUCAUUUUGAACUCAUCAAGACAAGAUGUUUUCAACUCUCUCGAUAACAACUACAAAUUCGAUACCAACUACGAACCGGAUUCAGAGAAAGAAAAGUCAUUGUGGAACAUUUCGAUUGUUACUGAGAUACUAUGUCCUCUAUAUCUCAACCUUUUGAACAACAUUGAAUUCAAGAAUCACUUUAUUGGAUCAAAGAUCAACAAUUUCUAUUCACUAUUCCCUCAUUCAAAAGCUACUCUUUGGAAUAGAAUAACUGAGUAUUUCUACCAGAACGUAUCGAAAUACUCUGUUUUUUCCAACAUCUAUUCAAAUGUGUUUGGUGGUCUCUCAUACCUCUGGGAAUCAUUUGACAAAUCGUCAUUGGUUAUCAAAUCGGAAUAUAAUGAUACUUUCAAUGAUAUCGAUAUCAUCAAGUUACUAUUACUCGAUGAAUGUCCGCUAGUUCUGUUGCCGCCAAAAGUAUUCGAAAUGCUGUCUCCAGCUCCCCUCAUACUCGACAAGUCAAGUGUUGCAAAUUUCUAUAAGCAAAUCAAAGACAACAGCUUCCAACUGUCUAAUCCACCAAGACCAUCACUCUCUUCCAAGGAAAGCAUCUUUACAUUAGCUCAAUAUGUUUCACCAUCUAUAUUGGGAACUCCAUUUAUGCUUCUCGAAUCCGAACUUACAGCAAUGAAGUUCGACUUUAAAUCCAACAAGCUGUUGUAUAAUUAUGAAUAUAUCUCUCUGCUUCCUGAUGCAGAUCUAUUCAUUCAUCAUCGAUUUACUGAUGAAUCAAUUCCGGAAUUUAAAAACAAUUUCAUUUCCACCUAUGGUUUGGUUUUAGAAUUCCCAGAAUUCUUUAUUAAAUACCUAGUUCCUAGACUCCACUCAUACCAAACCUACGAAGAAUGUAAACCAAUAUUUUAUUCUCUUGUUCAACACUGGAAAGAGUUUAACCAAAUUCAUUAUGAACAACUCAAAGCACUCAAGCUCAUCCCAGUUCUUGAAGAUGAUGGAAACACUAUCGAGGCGUUUAACUUGGUUUCUGAGUAUUACAAUGAAGAAGUACUCAAAAUUAUCCCAUCAGACUAUGAUCUUCCACCAAUCUUUUAUGAAAAGAAUUAUCAAUCGAUUCUCUCCAAGUUGGGUCUUAAGGAUACAAUCGAAACCGAUAUUAUCGUUGCACACUUUGAAGCUUUAUCGAAUAAUCCCGAUGCCGACAAGUUUGAACAGCUCUAUAAUUUUAUGACAAACACAAAGACCCUGACCAAAGAGGAUGUUGUUAGUAUCCUCGAUGAAAUUAAAGAUCUGCCCAUCAUUCCUUGUGCCCAAAACAACCAUAUUGGAGCAGUCAAUCAACCAUUUGCUUCUUUAUCAAUGUCGUCCGAUCCUUCUCAUGAAGAAUAUACAUUCACGGUCUUGCCAACCAGACUCUACGAAAAUAUCCAACAACCAACUUCACCAAAGAUGCAUAUUAUUGCAGAUCAUCUAAAGAAUCUACUUUUAGAUUCACAGAAAUGGAAAGAAGACCACAAAUUGUUAGAUCUUGAAACACUCGUACACAAACAAAUAAGUCAUCUUGCAAAAGAUACGACAAGCGUUCAACACCCAUUACCAGAUUCAACAUUAUUUCCAAUUCAAUCACAAUUGGUUCCAAUCAAAGACAUCAUUCUUACCGAUGAGAAUCUAUUACCAUUCUUUUUCUCCAUCCAAAAAGAAAAAAAAUUCUACUAUACUUUAGAAUGCUUAGGAUUCACCAAUAUCAAUGACGACAAGAUUGUUUGUAAACUUUCAUCAAUGGUUACCAAAGUCAUAGGUGAUGAUUCCAUUAAGACUGUUAUCACACUUUUGAAACAUCUCAAAGAAGCUUCACCACCAGCUCUCCUUUCCGAAUCAUGUGUUCUGCAGCCACAUUCAUUGGUAUAUUCAACUCCAUUCGGUUCCAGUGAUAAACUGAAGAGGAGAAGUAAUAUCGCUGGUAAACUUUACCAAGUUCACCCAGAGAUUGAGCGACACAAAGGUCAGAUCAAGAUAUUUGCUCUUUCCGAUUUAGUGAAGGAAUCGAUCAACCUCGAAAUGUCCAGAGUUGAAAAAGUUUCUUCUUCCUCAUUCAUCGAUUUCCAUGACCCAAAUAUCAUCGCAAGAGUUCAAAGUAUCUUGGAUUUUGAUGCCAAGAAAUUCAAGAAAAUUCUUUCCAAACUACAAAGUCUCAACUUGUACAAAGGUAAAUUGGUCAGCAAGUUCACUAUGACCAACGAGAACAACGACGAUGUUACCCGUGAACCGAUUGGAUCCGAUCAUAUCUAUGAUAAGGAGCACAAUUCACUCUACAUUCAAAGUGAACUCUUUGAUUCUUUCCAUUAUUUCGGUUUCAUUUCAUCGAUUUUCCAAAUCUCUAUGCAACUCUAUACUGAACUACGUGCCCAUAAAGAUCAAGUUUACGAUCUCAAUCCAUUCCACACUUAUUCCUCUGGUGAAAAGGCAUACUAUUCGCGCGACAAUAAGACUUUCCAAGCAACCACUGUCGUCCGAAUGAACGAAGAGAGUAUAGAUGAAUACUCUGAACUUCGAUUCUACUUUAUCAGUUUGGACAAUGAUGAUUGCGAUGACGAUGACAUUGAUGGUGCUGUUGCGGUCAAUCCAAUAUCAGUUCCAUUGGUUCAUCUCUUUAAAGAAGGUACCACCGAUGUCAGCAAGAUAGAGCUCGAUCAUAAAGCAGUACAACAACUCUACGAUGAAGUACUCUCAAGUUUCGGUGAGGGUUUCGAAUGCAAAAGAAUCAGUGAAUUUGCAAAACAACUUGGAAUUACAAUAGAAUUACCGACUGUCAAAGAAAAUCAACUUGUGAUUCACCGUGCAAAAGCACAAUCGCUCACCACAACAGUGUAUACAGUUCAACCAUCGAAAUACUCAUCGAGCGUACCCAACGAUGAAUAUGCAUCUAUAUUUAAAAAACAAUCAGCUCACGAUUUAGAAGUGGCAAAACAUUGCCAUCUGGGUGGAUUCUACUCUUCCGCCUGCUUCCAUGCUCAACAAUGUGUUGAAAAACUUUUCAAAGCAUAUUGUCACAAACAUGGAAUCUACUUUGACUUGCACAGUCACAAAAUCAACUACUAUCAAAUCAAAGAAGAUAUAGAUUGUAGUGAUGCUCGCAUUUUCGAAAGAUUCUAUAUAUCAACAAGAUAUCCAUCCAACAACGGCUAUGACACAACUGCACCCUAUGAAAACUACAAUGAAAAUCAAUCGGAAGAUGCCAUCAAAAAAGCAUUAAUUUUAUGCCUUAAUUUAAAAGAUUUAAUUUAA